AUGGACUUACAUGAUCCUUCUGAGGAAAUAAAUCAGCAGAGCGAAGGCGAGGAUGACAAAGGGUACGAGGAGGUGAUUGAGGAGAUGGAGGUGGAAGAGGAGUCAUAUAUUAGUGGGUCGUACGAAGAAGCAUACGAUGAGGAAAUGACCGAUGACGAGGAGGAGGAGGAACAGAAGGAAGACCAGGAGAAUCUUCUCUCAUUUUCAACAUUUCCGCUGGAAGCGUUACGCGGCCAGCACAUUAUGGUGGCGGUGGCGUUCAAUCGGUUCAUUGUUAUUGGCACCAAUCGUGGUGUGGUGGCAUUGGUGGAGGGGUCUGGUGUGGUGCUUCGCAUGCUCAACAAUCACAUCGACCCCAUUAGUGACGUGAGCUGCGACAUUAUGGAGGAGCAUGUGGGUUCCUCCGACAAGGCGGGUGUUGUUACUGUGCAGAACCUGAGUGACGAGCAAGAUUUUUAUCGAAGGGAGUUUGAUGUUCCAAUUUAUUCAAUGGCACUUCAUCCAAAAUACAGCCGCAGUGAAGAUCGAGCCAUUCUUUUGGGUGGCGGUGAUAAAGUGAUGCUCAUUACAAAAACGAGAAUUUUAGGCCACCGAAAAAUCACCAUUUUGCAGGAGCGGCGUGGAAAGGUUUACGCGGUACGCUGGUGUGGCCCCGAGUUGAUUGCCUGGGCAAAUGAUCGUGGUGUGCAGCUCUAUAGUUAUACUGGACGGGCGAUGGUGCAUUUUGUAUCUAGACCCGUGGACUCAUCAAGACUGGAGUUUUACCGCUGCUCCCUCGUGUGGGAGGCCCCUCGUACACUUACCUGUGGAUGGGGAGACUGGGUUCAGGUGCUUCACGUCUACGAGCUACGGAUGGAGGAACGGUUGAGAUGGGGAACGGAAUUCAUGUCGAGGACGCAUCGAGUGGAAGUCACGCCGGCUGUUCGAACGCACACAACAACGGAACCAUGUCGUGUAUGUGGUAUCGCUCCAUUUGGUUCAGACCGAUACCUUGUGCUUGCUUGCACUCUUGAGGAAGAAGGCUAUAUGAAGGAACUAGAGGUGCGUAUUGUGGAUCGUACCACGUUUGGUAAUGUAUUUCGUGGACGCCUACAUACAAAACACAAGCAUCCCUUGCAGUACAGUUUAGCCUUUUCUGUUGGUGGAGUUAGCACUCCUGCUCAUGCUGCUGCUUCUUCUUAUACGGUGGAGAAGUCGGUGUCGGCGACAUCCAGGGUAGCACCCACAUCGUUGCCUUCCUCGAUGCCAUUGUUGUCUGACACCGUGCCGGCAUUUGUUUUUUUUAUUGUUUGCGUGGAUGCCAUCAUUAAGGUGACACCCACCGACGACGACCAGCAUGUGGAGUAUCUUCUAAGGGUGGGUCGUUUCAAAGAGGCCUACAGCUACGCCCGCACCCACCCGCUCCGUCAGCAUCAAGCUGUGGACGUUGGCCAUCAGCUCCUGCAGCAUCUGUUUGCGGAGAAGAAGUACGACGAGGUGGCGUCUUCGUUGGCGGAGGUGGUGAAGGAGGAUUAUUUGGAGUGGGAGCGGUGGAUUUGUCAGUUCGAUCAGCAGGGCAUGUCCGAUCUGCUUGUUGAUGUGCUUCCGAUUCAGGGCGGAAAUAGCAGGGAGAUAAAAGGUGACACGGAAGAUGGUCAGGAGAAGGUCACCAGAAUUGGAGAAGAGUACUAUGAGCUUGUGCUACUUCGGUGUCUAGAGAAGAAUGUCUUUCUCUUUCAAAGAGCUGUGCGGAAAUUUAAGGGCAUGUUUCGGCCGGAUGUGGUGAGUCACGCUGCCGAAUUGCGCUAUAACGAUGGAGACAUGCAGGGCAAUGUGGGCGGGGUACCCGACGAACAAAAAAAAGCUCUUGGAGACACGUAUGGGUUGCUGCUAAAACUUGGUGGUCAAUAUGACAGGGCAUUCGAGGUUUUGCUACGGGUGGAUCAAAGUGAUGAGCUCUUCAGUCUUAUACGGGAACAGAAACUCUUUUUGAAAGCAUUGGAGGCCUUGCCUGCGCUGUUCGCCAGGAACGAGGACAGGACCAUCGAGCUCCUCCUGGAACACAUUUACGCGAGAAGCGCUGUUGCGGAUCAGGAAGAAGCAACAGAGGCGUUGCCGUUGCGAUCGUUUCUCACACCGGCGGCCGUCGUGCAACGAUUGGAACGGACGCAGCGUCGUUAUCUGUGGGCAUACCUGAAGGCGUUGCAGACCCGAGACAAGGCAGUGCACGCCGCGCUGUCGGAGACGCAUGCGCAACUCUUUGCGACGCUUUUUAUUGAGAACGAGCCGUCUGGUUUGUUUGCGUUCCUGCAUGAGAAUUCCGCGCACCUUCCCAAGCUAAGGGAGAUAUAUGCACUGUGCAAAAAACACCAGCUCCUGGAGGAGAUGGUUUUCCUGCUUGCGAGGAUGGGAAAAGAGGAGGAGGGCCUUCGAAUCAUUGUGCACGAAAUGAAAAGCAUGAAGAAGGCGGUGCAGUUUAUUGCCGAUGUUCCCAACGAGGAGGAUCAGCUUCACCUCUACAAAAGACUUGUGCACAUGACUCUCGAGAUGAACACCGCACUUCAGAGCCGUCAUGGACAGAAGUACUUUGAGUACCGCCCGACGGAGGGUGAAACGUGGGCAAGCAUAGCCAGGAAGUAUGACAUCGACGAGGGUGAGCUACGCAUGGCUAACGGCGCUGGGAAUCCACUUCCUGGCGGAGUCAGCAGCAGCAGCAGCAGCAGCGGUCGCGUGGCUCCGAUAAGCAACCUUUGCAUUGUACCUCUAAACAUCACGGGGGCACUUUUGCGGGCCAUUGUGGAUCCAUCCAUAAGCGGACGCGUUGCGUUGGAUCCCACGUACGUUGUUGAGCUACUGCCAGAGGACGAGCCCAUGCCACAUGUGGGAAGCCGCAUUGCCAACGUGGCGCGCAGCAAGGCAAAUGAUGUGUGGCUCAUGACGGCCGUCGUGCACGUGGCGACGAGUGACUUGGGGAAGCACUACGAGACGCUGUACAGGCGGCGGGGGGCGGCAAUUCGUGUGGACCCUCGAAUGGCGGUGUGCCCCUUUUGCCACCAGCCAACGUUGGCGGACGUUGUGAUCUUUGGGUGCUCCCACACCUACCACGCCAACUGUGUGAUUGGCUACCUCGCUGGCGAGGGUGUUCUGCUCGUGCAGCCAGCCGAUGUUGAUGUUGGCCGCUUUUUCAAGCACCCGGAGGAAUACCUGAGGCCGGGCUCGCGGAAGGUGUCGCCUCGCUGCCUUGUCUGUUGUGAGGUGCGCGGGGCAGUGAAAUAA